AUGACUCAUGUGGACGAAGCAGCCCGCCGAUUGUCCAAAUCUGGGUCAACUCUCUACGCAGUGCUGGAGCUUAAGAAGGGCGCCUCACCUGAAGACGUCAAAAAGGCCUACAGGAGACUGGCUUUGAAGUAUCAUCCAGACAAGAAUCCAGGGGACCCUCAAGCAGCAGAAAUAUUCAAAGAGAUCAACACAGCCCACUCCGUACUGAGUGACCCUAAGAAGCGGAAAAUUUACGAUCGGCAUGGCUCAUUGGGAAUAUAUAUAUAUGACCACUUUGGCGAAGAAGGCGUCACAUACUAUUUUACGAUGAAUAGUUGUUGGUUCAAGACGCUUGUCAUCCUGUGUGCUCUGCUCACCUGUUGCUGCUGCUGCUGCUGCUGCUGCUUUUGCUGUGGAGCACUUAAGCCACCACCCGAGGAAGCAGCUAAGAAAAAAUAUGAGCCGAACGUCCAGUAUCAACCUCCAAGGUCAGGACACAGAUUUAGAAGAGGGGAAGAUACUUCUAGUGAAGAUUAAAAAAAGAUGAAGAAGAGUGAGGUGCUGACCUAGUGAGGGUGUCUUCUGCUGCCCAGUCCACUGGACCCGCUGAAGAGAGGAGCACGUAGCCCUGAC